AAGUCACACACUGAAUGAAAAUGGCAGGCAUUGCGAAAUCGUCAGAAGGGUGGCACUGGACCCCGAGCGGUGGACUCGUUGCUGGCAUUCCGUCAAAGGGAGUGAUACAGCCAUCACAAAAUAUCAAGCAAUCGGAUGCCGUCUUCGACGUGAUAGUCAUUGGCGCAGGCUACACUGGCCUGACUGCCACAAGAGACUUGACUACUUCAGGCGUUAAGACACUACUUCUCGAAGGUCGAGACCGUAUCGGUGGACGGACGUGGUCGUCCAAUAUCGAUGGGUAUCCCUAUGAAAUGGGGGGUACAUGGGUGCAUUGGUUCCAGCCGCAUGUGUAUCGAGAACUGUCAAGAUAUGGCAUGAUCAAUGAGCUGGUCCAUUCGACCGAUUUCACCAAAAAGCACAACUACUUCAGCUUCGCAACACGCUCUGGUCGCAGGACUAUGAGCCAUGAGGAAGAGGAUGAGAUGUUUUCUCGAGCGAUGCAGAAGUUCGUCAACGUUGAUGGCAAUUUUGGCAAAACGGUCAUGCCAUUCCCUUUCGACGCAUAUUGGAAUAAGAACGUACUGAAAUAUGCCAACUUGUCGGUCGCUGAUCGCAUUGCCCAGAUCAGGCAUGACCUGUCUGAGGACGAACGCCAUGCCAUCGAGUCUUUCGUUCUGCUGUGCAGUGGCGGCACAGCUCAGAAUUCGGCGUUCCUGGAUUUUCUUCGUUGGUGGGCAGCUGGAAACUAUGACUAUAGGACAUUGUUGGACACUAUCAUUGUCUUCAAGUUGAAGUGUGGUCAAUCGGAGUUUGCCCGUCGGUUCUUCAACGAAGCGCUUGCAACGAGUAAUCUUGCAUAUUCAUUUAACACCGUCAUAUCGCGAGUCGAUUCGACAAACAAUACCGUCCGCGUGACCACACGCGACGGUCGAGCAUUUCAGGCCAAGCGCGUGAUCUGCACAGCUCCGUUGAACGUGCUGAGCAAGAUCGCCUUCAAUCCGCCGCUGCUUGCAGAGAAAACGGAGGCGUCCAAAUUAAAGCAUGUGAACCAGUGCGUCAAAGUCCACGCAGAGAUCAAAGACCCCGAGAUGCGGUCGUGGAGUGGCGUAACAUACCCGGACAACAAGCUGGUAAUUGGCCUCGCAGAUGGAAAGACGCCCGCUGGCUAUACUCAUUGCGUCUUCUUCGGCUGUGAUGCCAACCAUAUUCACGCCGAAGAAAACAUCGAUGAAACUUUGAAAGCUGUAAAAAAAUUUGCACCCAUGGAUGUGAACCGAUUGGUCUUCCACAAUUGGUCCAAGGAUGAAUUUGCAGAGGGCGCAUGGUGAGUCUUCCUUUGUCAAAUUGCAGGGUUCAUCUUGCUAAUCACUUACAGGGUGUGGUACCGACCAGGGAUGGAAGUAAAGUAUCUCGAAGCCCUGCGCAGGAGGCAAGGUGCUGUACUGUUCGCCAACUCAGACUGGGCUGCCGGCGGCUGGAGGAGUUUCAUUGAUGGAGCAAUUCAAUCAGGUACGGAAGCCGCUCUGACGGUUCGAGGCGAAUUGCGGGGAGAGUCUCGUGCAAGCCACUUGUGAGCAGGGCCAGGGUCUGCAAUUCUAGCAAAUCGAGCGUAUAGUUGGGUAGCAUAGAGCUCCAAUUCAUUUCAAUCCA